CCGUCGGUCACGGCCAAACCAGUCGUGGUCGUGAUUUUGAGCUCGAGUAUCGGUGGGUAGUAUGAAGUGAAGAUCUGAGUUGGGUUGGAAAAUCAGAAUGAAGUUCCUGGACCUGUUUGCGAUCGGUCUGGCCAUAACGGUGCUACUGGACCGUGGUGACCUAGUUUGUGGACUAUCCACCGUUGGACGAACCGCGGAUGGAUUGAUAGUGGUUCCGGAAGCGCCGACCGAGGUUGCCAUUCAGGAGGAUUCGGCCAAACAGGAAACGCCACAAACACCGGUCAAGUACGACGGAGCUCAACUGUGGAGGAUCAAGUACCACGAUCAGAUAAACAAAAACGCCGUCGCGGAACUGCAGAACCAGUUUGGUGCCUCCAUGUGGAACUACAACAUCACCUAUGUGGACGUCUUCCUCAAGGGGCCGAAGCUGCCCGGAGCACGCAAGCUGCUGACCCAGUCCCGAAUUUCGUUUGAAGUGAUUAUCGACGAUAUCCAGCGGGCGAUCGACAACGAAAAUCCACCCAAGGACGAGCUGGACCUGUGGGAGAAUCGCGACGGCCACCGCAUGACCUGGACGGCCUACCACCGGCUGGUGGACAUUCACGAUUGGAUGGACUACCUGGCCAAGACGUACCCGGACAUUUGCAGCAGCCAGAGCAUUGGGAAAUCGUACCAAAAGCGGGACCUGAAGGUGCUUCGCAUCUCCAAUGGAAAUCCUUCGAAUGCAGCCGUUUGGAUCGACGGAGGAAUUCACGCUCGGGAGUGGAUCAGCCCGGCUACGGUGACCUUCAUCGUGAACAACAUGGUCGAGGAUUGGGACGACCAGCCGGAGUACAUUCGAAACAUCGAUUGGUACGUCCUUCCGGUGCACAAUCCGGACGGAUAUGAGUACACCCAUCAGAACGAUAGACUGUGGCGGAAGAACCGUCGAGGUUCACUGUACGGACCGUGUGCCGGAGUGGAUUUGAACCGCAACUAUGGCUACAAAUGGGGCGGCCAGGGCUCCUCCAAGCAACCCUGCUCGGACAUCUUUGCUGGAAGUGGACCAUUCUCCGAACCGGAAACGAAAGCGGUGUACAACUUCAUGCAAAAUUCAGCGGCCAACUGGAAGGGAUUCCUGACAUUCCACAGCUAUGGACAGUACAUUCUGUACCCUUGGGGCUACGAUCGUUUGGUCCCACCAGAUCACCAGGAUCUCAAGCAAGUCGGAGACGAAGCUGCUAAGAAAAUGCUUGCAACGGAAGGAUCUUCCUACACGGUGGGACCGUCCGGCAAUACUCUGUACCCGGCCGCUGGUGGUUCGGACGAUUGGGCUCGCGGUGAAAUGAAAAUCAAAUACGCCUACACGGUGGAACUGCGCGACAGUGGUCGAAAUGGAUUCGUUCUGCCGGCCAACCAGAUUCAACCUACCGGACGGGAAGCGUUCAUAUUCGUCGAUACCGUGGCCAAAGCCAUUUCCAAGUUGAAAUAACUCA